AGAAGGAUCACUCUAUAUUCUGACUCCAAGCUGCAUGGAGAGUCUGCAUACCGCUGAAUGAGGUGUGUGUCUUGGCUCAUGGAAAAGAUGGGGGGCUCUUCUGUUCUGUGGCUGGCCUUGGCUUCCUGCAUUCUGGCCUCAGCACCCACGCAGCAGGAAGGUUCCAGAAACUGGGCGGAGGCCAGCUCCUAUGGGUUGGACAUGGACUGUGGAGCCCCCGGCACCCCAGAGGCCCACCUCUGCUUUGACCCCUGCCAGAAUUACACCGUCCUGGACGAACCCUUCCGAAGCAUAGAGAACGCAGGAGAAACCAUAAGCUGUGACAAUACGCUGUUCGGCUGGUACCGCUUUGUGGGAGAAGGAGGAGACAGAAUGCCCGAGACCUGCAUCCCACCGUUCCGAUGCCAGGCGGCCUCUCCCAUGUGGCUCAAUGGGACCCACCCCUCCGUCGGGGAGGGCAUCGUCAACCGCACAGUUUGUGCCCACUGGAGUGGCAACUGCUGCUUAUGGAAGAGCCAGGUGCAGGUGAAGUCCUGCCCGGGCCAGUACUAUGUGUACCACCUGCAUGGCACCCCAGAAUGCGAUCUGAAGUACUGCACAGAGUCCGUCAAUGUGUCAGUCAACUGUGACAAGACCUGUCGCCCAGAGGAGGAGUGUAAACUCUCUGGGGGUGUCUGGGACUGUUUCUGCAGACAGAACCUGGACAACUUUGAUGUGAAAGAUUUGCAGCCUCAGCUGGACUGCGGGGCCAAGGAGAUCAAGGUGUCAGUGGACAAGUGUCAUCUGAAAGCCUUGGGCUUUGGGGAUGAUGUCUUUGCCUUCCUGAAUGACCGGAACUGCAACAGCGUCAUGCAAAGAGAGGAAAGGAACUGGAUUUCGGUGACCAGUCCUACCCAGGGGGCUACCUGUGGGAGUACUCUGGAGAAAAAUGCAACUCAUGCCAUCUACAAAAACACCCUCUCUUUGGGCAAUGAUAUCAUCACCAGAGACACCAUCCUCAACAUCGACUUCCAGUGUGCCUACCCACUGGACAUGGAUCUCAGCCUCCAGAUGGCCCUGAAGCCCAUUGUAAGCUCUCUGAAUAUCAGCAUGGACGGGAGGGGUGAGUUCGUCGUCAGAAUGGCCCUCUUCCAGGAUUUGAACUACACGUCUCCCUUCCAAGGCACAGAGGCUGUGUUGUCUGUAGAAUCCAUGCUCUAUGUGGGCGCCAUCUUGGAGAAAGGGGACACAUCCCACUUCAAUCUGCUGUUGCAGAAUUGCUAUGCCACUCCCACGAACAACAAGAAUGACCCUUUGAAAUAUUUCAUCAUCAAAAACGGCUGUCCAAAUCGAGUCGAUUCCACAAUCUCCGUAACGAAGAAUGGGAUAUCUUCAGAAAGCCAGUUCUCAGUUCAGAUGUUCAUGUUUGUUGGAAAUUAUGACCUGGUAUUCCUGCACUGUGAGAUUCAGCUCUGUGAUUCUGAUAAUCAGCAGUGCCAGCCAUCUUGCUCAAGAAAUGAACUCCGCAAUGAAAUCACGUCCAUCAACCCAGACCAGGUUCUAGAUUUGGGACCUAUCACUCGGAAAGGUGGCCCCUCUCUCGGUCUCGUGAGUGGCAGCUCGGACAUUGCAGGGACUCUGGCGACCUGGCCCAUGCUGCUCCUGCCUGCCCUUCUGGCAAGGCUGUUCUGAGACGUCCCUGAGCAUCGGCCUUGACACUUGAGUUCUUCCUCUGGCCGUGGCUUCCCGUCACCCCCUGGCUCUGCUGGUUCCUUGAGAUCACAGUGCUAGUGUGACCCCAGGCCAGGCGAGGCUUGAGGAAAGGGAUGAGCUUCCCUGGCUUAACUCUCUCUAUGCCUCUGUCUUCUCUUUAUUUUCCCCUUGUGUCAGGACCCCACUGCCUGUCUUGGGCUGACUUCCUCAUUCACUAG